AUGCGGCCAAGGACUAGCGAAGUUGAUCAGCGGGGAGCAAAUGGGUCAGUGUUAAUGAGAGUGUUCCAAUAUUACAGCGUGGCAUUUACAGCACCCCAACCAGUGCGCGCACCUGCUCAUGUACUAGUCUUGGUUGACCUUGGAAACGUCGUCCGUAGUAGGGAUUCUGUGCUUCGUAGUGCGGGAUGCAUCCCAGCUCCGUGUCUUUUCCUUGGAAAGGGACCCGGCUCCGGGGCUUCGUCCUGGCUGAUCAGUGGCUCGAAUGCUCCCAAUGCUCCUAAUGCUCCCAAUGCAGACCACACUGAGAGUGCCAUGUUUCGUCCGGGCCCAUUGGCGGUGAACCCGCCGCUACGUGAACCGAUGGGGUGGCCCCCUUUUCCCGUUCCCUCGUGCGUGAUCCUGGUCGAUUGUGGGAUGGAAAUUACCUGCUGCGACUCUCCGUCAUGCCGCCUGCGCCAAUUGGAGAGGCCAGAGCGGCGAGCUGCCAACCAUGACCCAGAGAUAAUAGACGAUCCAGAGCGUAGAUGGAGUACAGAGCAGGGAAAUGGACAGCAGACGCAGGACAGCGCUCACGCUGCGUUACCUUGCGUUGCCUUGCGUCGCCUUGCGCCGCGUUGA